AUGGGGAAUCUUAAUAAAUCUCAAGAGCCCUCAGCCUCUGAAUCCACGAUGCCUACAGUAUAUACAGAAAUAAGCCAUCAAAAUUCUUCUCACAUCUCAAAAUCAGAGUCAAAAGAGAUUCCGUCAUUUUCAAUCCAAUCAAACUAUUUAAAAAUGAGAUCAGUUGGCUCACUAAAGCAAAAUCCAUCAGAAUGUGUUUCAAGUUUAAUUUCUACUUAUGAUAUUUUAAUUCACACUUCAAAACUGCUUCCUCUAUUUAGUGAAGCAAUUUUAUUUGACUCUCUAAAUCCACGAUGAUGCGAAAUAUGCUUGAAAUAUGUCUCAAUUUAUAAGAGUCAGGCAGCUCAAGCACUCAAAGAAGAGCCUUUAAUAAAUAUUGAAAUUCAGAUCAUAAAUAAAGUUGUUAUGUAAAAUCUCAUUUAGUGAAAAAGCGAAUGCAUGUGGACUUUAUAAGUUCACUAUUGGAAAGAGGAGAAUAUCAAAAAAAGAGAGAAGAUCAGUAAGCCCAAAAAGAGGAAAGUUUGUGUCAUUGGAUAAAGGAAAAUUGCAUGUAAGGUCGACAUCUAAUACAAAUUUAGAUGAAUUCACACAGAAUAAUAGAUAUGUCAUUGUCUAUACAGAAAAUAAAGAAGUUUUGCAUAAACUUGAAAACGUGUUUGGCAUCUUGCUAGGCAUUUCAAAUAUUGUUUCAAAAAUUAAUUAUUGUUUCAAGAUUUGAAUAUGGGUAUUUUUUAUUAAUUAAAUAUUUCUAUUAAGUGUUUAAUUUAGGAAGUAUUCAUCAUCUCUUUAAGUAA